AUGAACUCAGAAGUGUACAAAGACUAUAUUUAUAUGAACAUUAUCACAACAGAUUCUGUGAUUCCCCCAAAUCUAGCCCAUGUUCUGUAUGUUUACCAAAGUCUAAUACUCUCUCUGGCCAAGGAGAGAUACAGAAACAUCAUAAAAAGUGAGUCACUCAUGCCUGAUCUUGUCCCAUGCCUGAAAACCAACAAGAUGGACACAACAAUAAAGAAUGAAAUGGAAGCGGAGUUUUUCAAAUCAGGAAACAUACCAGAUAAUGGAGAAACAAACUAUUGUCCUCUUGUCUUCUUAACUGCCCUUCCUUUCUUUGAGGAAUUGUUUUCUAGAGCAAUAAACUUACUACACAAAACUAAGAGGGAAAUGAAGGCCAGAAGUUCAUCUGAUUUAGAGAAGAAAGAGCAACAAAAUUGUGUUUUUGACAAAAAAGUUCUCAUGCAGGGUGACUGCUCACAGAAAAUAUGGUAUAUCAAGUUCUUCAGCGACAGCUCAGUGAAGCCUUGGCAUCCCAGCCAACCACCUUUGAGCGACUGGAUGCAAAGCUUCAAUUUAUUAAGAACGGGACAGAAAUUUCCAGUGUGGAACUCUCAGAGAAAUCAGAGAGUGAAGAACAAGACAUGGUUUGCGUUCCUUACUCCAAACGAGAAGGUGAUCCAGUAUUACGAGAAUGAUGGGGAAGUCAAGCAGAUGAUGGUUGAGAAUAUUGCAGCCAUGCUCACUGGUAGAAGAUGUCCUCAUAUCAAGCAUUCCAAAUCUAGAGCAACUAAUGGAGAGUUGGGAUUUUCCUUGGUAGCAGAAGAUCCAUCUGUCAUAUCAUCUUUGGACUUCAUUGCUCCAACGCAGGAAAUAUAUGACCAUUGGACUGAUGCUAUCAACAUCCUGAUAGGAAGUGAGAUGAGGAGCUUGUCUAUGAAGCGAGACAUGAACUGCCUGUUGGAAAUGGAGUUGCGCCUUCGCCUGUUGGACACUGAUGGUAUAGACCUCCCACAUGAUCCUCCUCCCAUACCCCUUGAUCCACCAAACUAUGACUUCAGUCUCUCUCAACCGGAAUAAAUGAUAUAGUGAUGUAUAAAAUAUUUUUACUCUUUAA